AUGGCUCAACACUCAAGAAGCCAUGGGUUUAGUCUUCCAUUACACCCUGUGCAAGUAUUUAGCUGGAUAAUGAUGCUUUUCAAUAUUGCUGUUGUUUCACUAGUUUAUUUUCCCAGCAUGAAUCUCUACUCUAACUUCCUUUAAAUUGGAAAAAUAUCAAUAAAAUUUCCCAAUUUAUAUUGAAACAAUUUUUUUUUAUAGAAAAAAAUAAUUUCUAUGUAAAUAACUUUGAGAGUCAAUUUAUUAUCACCAAAAUCAAAAAAUUUACCAUCAUUAAAUUAUAUUUUAAUUGAAAAAAUGCUAGUAGAGGCUAUUUAAACAAACUAGCAUAAAUAUUAUAUAAAUUUUUACAGGAAAAAAAAUUAUAAUAAAAAAAUCAGCCCCUUUAAAUAUGUACAGGUUUUUUGUUUCAAUUUAAAGGGGGGAGUAAAGUAAUUUUCAAUUAGAUAAGCUUUGCUGUCCUUUUUGCUUUAUCUCAAAUUUUCGUGAUUUUUUUCGCUUUUCGAGCAAUAAUAUGUGACCCUACUGAUCCUAUGGUGCACGAACAUAUUCUAAAAAUAAUAAACGGUGAAAGAGACGAGCCUAAAGGAAACCAAGCUUUUUGUACAAUUUGUUGCUGUAAUGUAAGUAUGAAAACUAAGCAUUGUGGGCAAUGCAACCGGUGUGUUGAAAAUUUUGAUCAUCAUUGUGUGUGGCUUAACAAUUGCAUUGGGAAAAAGAAUUAUCAUAACUUUAUAAAGCUUAUAUUUGCACUUGAAUUCAAUAUGAUGGUGAUUUUCAGCUAUGGAGUCAGCAUUAUUGUAUAUUAUUAUAAUGAUUACGAUAGCUACGUUUCUGAUAUUAAAGAAGUUGUCGACUAUGCUGAUAAAGAUGCUUUUAUUGUUUUGACUUAUGUAGUAACAUAAUUAAAUAUGGCGUCUUCGUCUGGGCAUGGCCUCCCGGCCAUGCAGCCUCGACUCAUAUUUAAUUAUAUCCGGCAAGGCUUUACAUUCUAGAGAUGGACGGCAAUACUAGGUAAGCAAUUCUGGUGGUGUUCAGAGCCUAGUCCUAGUCUAUUCUCAGGGGUGGAUUUUUCCUCGUGGGGAAGGAGGGCAUGGAGUUGGAAAGGGGAAGCUCAGCAGAGUCCGUUAGGACCAAUCGGGCAACUCCCUAGCGUGAAACUGGGCGUUACGUUCCCAGGCUACGUGUUUUUCCUUUUUGCCGAUAGCCGACCAGAAAAAUCCAUUUUUUGGGUUUUUCGGAAAAGCAACCCAUGUAUCAAGCAAGUAGCUCAUCCAUGAGCCGUCGAAGCCGGAACACUUUCCCGAGAAGCACCUUGGUGAUCGAAGCAGGCCAUCCCCAACGACCUGUGGGCCCGAUGCGACGCAAGGCGAGUGGUAGUACUGGGGUUGUCACCCCGUAGUGGACGUUAAGCGUUAUAAAUUCUAUAAGAUAAAAUAAGACUUAUGUAGUAACAAUAGAAGCAAUGAUAGCUAUCUUAGUUGAUGGCUGUCUUAUUAUUCUACAUGUUUGAUUGAGGUCAAAACACAUGACCACAUUUGAAUAUAUUCUUAAAAAACGAAAUGCCAAGAAGAAAAAGAAAGUAAAAACCCAAGUCGCUGAUGUUAAAGAAAAUACCACUGUGCUAUGAGAUGAGGUUACUGUUUCUUAUAUGGAACGCAAAAAUGGAAACGCAAAGACGAACGGUAAGGGUGAAGAUAUAAAAGAUUCGCCAGAAGAUAUCAUCACAAAUGAAGCAGUACAAUUAAAUUCGAAUUCAGAAGGAAUUGUAACUAUUUAUACAGAGAGAUGAGUAAGUUUGUAA